AUAUGUAUAUAUAUCCCCGACCCCUACCUGAGUACAUUAGUACCACGAACGUAGCUUCCACCACCACCAUCACCAUUAUCACCACCGCCGCCGUCUCUACUCUAACUCCUACUGCCUCACCGCCGCCAUAUUAAUCAGUGCGCCUCCAUCUUGACAAAAGAAGCCAUCAUGAAAAGUUAAACAUCGAACACAAACAGGCAAAAAUAGACCCUUUCGUAGCUAGAUUUCCGAAAUACCUGACCAAAUAACAACAGUUUUAUAUAAAAACACAACGACAAUUCGACGCUUUUGAAACCUUUAAAUUUAUUCACACACGACUCGGCCACGUUGUGUGUUUUUUCCCUCAAAAAACUAUCAAAACAUCGCAACACUUCUUCUUUCGCUCUCAGCGACCAUCUUGGCUUGUUGUGAUCUGGUUUGGUUGGUGGAUUUCUGUGGCUUUUUUUAAUGGUGCAGCCUUCUCACUGGUUCCUUCAUUGACCAACCAACUUGACGAAAACUCAUCCACCGUCCUUCAUCAACACAGUUUUAAAGAAUGGAUGCCAGCUCAAGUGAUGGCGCCGGUGAUGCUUCUGUCCUCACAGAACCUUUCAUUCCUGGAAAUAGCCAAUAUGGUGACGAUGACGAGGGAAUGGUAUCGUCAGGAGAAGGCGAAGGGGAUUUCCGCAUGGACGAACCUCUACGGGAACAGGACCGCUUCCUUCCAAUUGCUAAUGUCGCCAGAAUCAUGAAAAAGUCAAUUCCAAGAACCGGUAAAAUUGCUAAAGAUGCUAAAGAAUGCGUACAGGAAUGCGUUUCAGAAUUUAUAAGUUUUAUCACAAGCGAGGCCAGUGAAAGAUGUCAACAUGAGAAACGAAAAACCAUCAACGGUGAAGAUAUCUUGUUUGCUAUGUCUACCUUGGGCUUCGACAAUUACGUUGACCCUUUAAAGUUAUACUUACAAAAAUAUAGAGAGUCUGCUAAAGGAGAGAAAGGGAUGAACCCCAAUGCUAUAAUGGGAGAAAAUGCGGUGGAGGAACUUGAUGAAUCAUAUACCACAUUAUCAAAUAACAUCUUGUCCACAGAACAGUCUGGCCAACAGAAUGUCCUUUACGCAUAUUCAGGCCAGAUGUCACAACAAAUAUUCUGAAGAAAUCUGGACGUUUUUUGUUUUCCUUCUCCAUGUCUUAAUUCUGUCUCUGUCUGACCCCUUUUUUUGUUUUUUAACUUCCCUUACAGUGUCGUCUCUCUUUGUUGUUUCUUCUUCUUCUCCUCCUCUUCCUU